AUGAUACUGUUUGUUGAGCGAGGUAUACGUGGUGGACUUAGUCAAUGUUCUCACAGGUACGCGUGCGCAAAUAAUAAAUAUUUACCCUCGUACAAUCCAUCGAAAGUUUCCACGUAUUUAAUGUAUUUUGAUGUUAACAAUUGGCAAUUGGACGUAAGUUCCAUUCCAAUAGACGAUCCGACCGGAUAUCUCCUGAACGUUGAUUUGAAGUAUCCGUGUGAAAUUCACGACGUACAUGCAGAUCUUCCGUUCUGUCCGAAUCACGAGAAGGCAAACGUGGGAGGAAUUAAAUUACUAGCCACGCUCAAUGAUGAAGUACGAUACGUGAUACAUUAUCGGUAUCUGCAACAGUGUUUGAAGCACGGGUUAAAACUGCUUAAGAUACAUCACGUUCUGCAAUUCGAUUAG